GGCGUUACCGAGGGAAAAGUUUAGUGGUGAACUCUUGGGAGUGGGAGUGUUGGUUUUUUUGCGUGAGAACGGAAUUUUAUCACCCCAUUAAUUGUAGUUUUGUCAAAUUGACACUGCUGUUAUUUAUUUUUCUUUUAUGAGCGAUUCUUGCCUAUUAAUUGAGCAAAAAUGUCUUUCUCAGAUAAAUCAAAUUUCAGUAAUCCAGAGACUCCCGGCUAUGUAGGCUUUGCGAAUUUACCCAAUCAGGUGCACCGAAAAUCAGUUAAGAAGGGUUUUGAGUUCACACUCAUGGUUGUAGGGGAGUCUGGUCUUGGUAAAUCUACCCUAGUGAACAGUUUGUUCCUUACGGAUUUGUAUCCAGAAAGGCAAAUACCAAGUGCUGCAGAAAAAAUAGACAAAACUGUAAGCAUUGAUGCCUCAACGGUUGAAAUAGAGGAGAGGGGUGUAAGGCUUCGUCUGACAGUGGUAGACACACCUGGAUAUGGAGAUGCCAUCAAUAAUCAAGAUUGUUUCAAGCCCAUCAUAAAGUACAUUGAUGACCAGUAUGAGAAGUAUUUGAAUGAUGAAAGCGGUUUGAACAGAAGGCACAUAGUGGACAACAGGGUCCAUUGUUGCUUCUACUUCAUCUCGCCUACUGGGCAUGGAUUGAAGCCACUUGAUGUAGAGUUCAUGAGAGCCCUUCACAAUAAAGUAAACAUUGUCCCAGUAAUUGCAAAAUCAGACACCCUUACUAAGCGAGAGAUCACAAAGCUCAAGGCCAAGAUUAUGAAUGAGAUUGACGAUAAUGGCAUCAAGAUCUACCAUCUCCCUGACAGUGACUCUGAUGAAGAUGAAGAUUUCAAAGAGCAGAAUAACUCAUUGAAGCAAAGUGUACCAUUUGCAGUGUGUGGUUCCAGUCAGUUGAUAGAAGUCAAAGGCAAAAAGGUCAGAGGUCGAUUGUAUCCAUGGGGAGUCGUAGAAGUUGAAAAUCCAGAUCACUGUGAUUUCAUUAUGCUGCGCAGUAUGUUAAUAACUCAUAUGCAAGACCUGCAAGAAGUUACCCAUGAAGUACACUACGAGAACUUCCGUUCGGAGAGACUAGCAAGGACUGGGGGAACUCCAGCCCCUGCUGCCAAAGCUGGUGGAGGUAGACGAAAAGAAAGUUCUUCAGACAAAGACCAAAUCCUACAACAAAAAGAAGAAGAGUUGAGACGCAUGCAGGAAAUGCUUGCUCAGAUGAAGGCUCAGAUGGCGCAGUCUCAGGGACAGGAUGUCUAAUAAACAACAAAUUCAGCGAUGGUAGUACCUAUAAUACUACCAAGCUUCACAAAGUACCAAUUUCGUAAAUUGUUGUCGAAAAAAAAUCAUAUUUGAUCAAUUGCUGUAUCUGCUCAAAGAGAAAAUAAUGAAGGUCUUAAGAAGUUCUUUAGACUUAGAGACAGUAAGAAUGAAAUGCGGUACUUUAAUUUUUUUUGUAUCUAUAGCAAAACAAACAUUGGCUAAAACAGUCAGUAAAGAAACUCUUAUUUAAUCAAACUAUGUAGUCCAGUCAAACGUAAUCAUGUAUCUCACUGUUCGCUGCCUUUUGUAUAAUUAUUUAAAACUGCAAGUGAUUUUUUACCAAUGUACUGUACUGUACAGUAUGUCUACACUAUCAAAUGUUAUGUGACAAAUAUAUGAGAUAUCUCAUAUUUGUGUGUAAUAUUAGGUCACCAUAUGCCCAUAUACAUGGGUACAGUACUUCACACAAAUUUGUCACAAAAAUAUUUAGUAGUGUGAACAUAGGUUAAAGGAGAAAGAGUGAUUUACAAAUGUAAAUCCUAACUUUCUAUUUUGCUGCAGUGUAUAAAAGCAUCAUUAAACAAAAAAAUCAACAUGUAUCCAUUAUAUAUAUUCAAACAUUUUAAUUAGUUUUCUCAUGUAAGUUGUUGUACACAAGUUAGCGUCAUCAUAAUGUUAACUUGAGAGUUUAUGUGUUAAUGUAUUGAAAUCAUAUUUAUUUGUAGUUUAGAAAAAAAAAUCAAUUUUACCGUAUUUGUGUUUGGUGCUUCUAUAUAAAUAUUCAAAAAUGUAUUUGUCAAUAAUAUGCUAGUUGCAUAAUUAAUCACACUGUUAAAAAAAUUAUAAAUGUCACUGCUGAAUUUGCUGAUGUGACCUAUGAUACAUUAUGCUUAAAUGUAAAUAGCUCUUGGUUAAUUUUUUUAUAAUGUGAUCGAAAAACAAAAUUCUGGACAGUAAUGUUUUUUUAUUUUUACAUUUACUAUUUGAAAAUAUAGUAAAUAUUUAUAGUACAAAUCCAAAAGUCUUGUAUUGAUUAUGUAAAUUCAUUCAUUCAUAUUUCUACAACUGACUAUAUUAACUAUUUAUUUAUUUUUUUUAUAAGGUAUGUUUCCAAGUUUUUGGAAAUAAGUAUGUACAGUAGUGCAUUAAACUAUUCCUGUAGUCAUUCAAACAGUUUCUUGAAAUCAGAAGUUGCAUUCAUUAAAUAAUACAAUGUAGAACCAUGAUUUUGCAUGAUAGUUCAGUUGGAAAUUUCAUUGCAGUAUUCAAAUUCAGUUAUAUUUAAAAAGCUGAUACUCUAACAAUAUUUCUGUAUUCAACUUAUCUUAGAGGCAAAUGAAUAAUCUUUUGCGAUCAAAAUAUUCCAAAGUAAGUUUGUUACUUUCUGCUUUAAAACUUUUGCAAGGAAUUAAAAUGAAUUAGUUCCAUGAAUUUUGGAAAUACACUUAAAAGUUUUUUCAGAAUAUUUCUAUCGGAUUCUGCGUUUGCAAACUCUUUACUGAGUUUUUCUAGCUUUCUGCAUUCUUGCUUGGUGACUUCACUGGUCGAAGUAAAGCCGUCAAUUAUGCAUCAAAACUUUCGGACAAUAUUUUUUUAGCAGUAUAGUCACCAAACAAGAUAGACAGCUAGAAGAAGAUUUUAAAUGCAGAAGCUGAUAUAAAUUUUCUGAAAAAUAGUUUCAUAAUCGUAGUUAAUAUCCUGUUUAAUUACGAUACAAGCAAAUAUGUGUUGCAAAUCCAAAAACGCAUUGUCUUCACAAAAGUCGGUGACAUGUCCUAGUUAUUAAUUUAGUAGUUGCAGCUUUUCUUUUUACUGUAAUGUUGCACCGCAAAGCCCUCUUUAGCAAUCUCUACUGUUUUAGGCGUACCACCCCAUGCUACACUUAUGGUGAUUUGUAUACAUAAUAGUCGGUGAUCAUCAGGGUAUUUGCUUUUCAAAGCUGUACCAUGUUACCUUUAGUCUCCAGGGAGAUGAGGAUCAACAGUUAAAGUGUAGACAGGAUCAGGAAUGGAUUAAAGGAUAAUCUCUACAACUGCAAGCAAUUAUGAAUGUUAGGUGAUACUAAUCUUGGAGUAAGACACCCUUUACUAACACCACUCCUGUCUAGGAUAAAAUAAUUUCUGGUUAUGUUUGGAAUGAUGAACUAUGCUUUAUCCCAAGAUUGAACUUUAGAAAGUGCAGUAAGUUGACAAUUGAUUAUCACUUUCUGUAGUUAAUAGGUUGGAAACAGGUAGUCUCCUAUCAAUGGAAACUGUCACAGACCUUAAAAAUUGCUAUACCAAAAAUGUAAGCAUUUAAGUUUCAAGUCUGUGUGUACGAAAUAUAUAAUCCAUAUCUUGUUAAAAUGUCCAUCACCAAGAUGAUUUGUUAAUACAGUGAAAAUGAAAACAAAAACAGCUUUCUCAUCCAGGGUUUUUGAAAAACAGGAAUACGAGGCCCUGUUUUUCUUUUCUCCACAGGCCAAAUUCGAUCCAUAACAAACAUCAUUUUAUAGGCCUUGUCAGGCCUAGACAUAUAUUGAUGUGGAUGUUGCAUAUAUUCAGUAUUGUCUGGGUGUUUUGCCUUGUGAAAAAAGGGAAACAACUCAAAAAAGAAAAGGGACAGGGAUGUGAAAGGGGUUUUUUUAUCAUUUGGUCUAUCAAAUUAUAGGUACAUAAAUAGGCCAAAAUAUGUAUGUGUCUCGUAUAUAAUAUAAAAGUUGGUGUUUCAUCUGGUAGCAAAGCUUAAUUUCCAAACACCGUUUUUACAAAAACUAAAUAUGAAAACAAAAAAAUAUAGAAUUGACAGUAGAUGAUAGCAAACAGAAGCAUUAAAGUCUGAACUGAA